AGCUUAUUUGAGUUUCAGUACAUCAAACUUUAGCUUUCUCGAAAAAAGCUAUUCUAGUAAAAACAUCUUAUUAAUAGUGAAGAUUUUUGUACGACUCUCAGUUACUAAAAUACCUUGUUCAUGUACGUGAUGCUUUUGAAAACGACACAGACCCUCCAUCUUUUGUUUUUGAAAGAACUUAUUUAUUCAAUCUUUUUAUCAUAACGUCUAAGAUUCUUUCCGAAAAAUAGAAUAAGUUCAGCCUCCCCAAACCUUCACUAUUCAAAUUUAGAGGAGGCUUGAGCCUCCCGAAGCCUAAUGGUUCCGCCGCCUAUGGUCUCAAGUACACCAUACUACUAGCUUUCGACAUCUUCGUAUUUAUAUAUGUGGAGAGUACAAAUAAUCUUAUCCUAUUAUUCUUUAGAUUUAUCUCUUUCUUGUCUCAUGUCAAUCCUAUAGUCGAAAUCAAACUACAUCUUAAUAAACUAGUAAAAAUGAAAUCGAAAUCACAGUGUAGAUUUGUAUAAGUCAAUAUAGCUGCGUUACUGUUUAUUCUAUAGAAAGGAUUUUGUUUCAUUUCUUGAGACAACAUUAUAUUCUGGCACAAACGAACAUCUUAGAUCUUUACCUAAUAAAAAAGAGGUUAUAAUGUUCCUUUUGAUUGACCUCAUCUAGUUAGUUCACUUAUACAGUGUCCGAUUGUGUCAAACACUUGUGUACCCAUUUCUAUACUUCAUUUAGAGAAAAAACAUUACGUCACGUGUACCCUAGACAAUUCAUGCUCCGGUUGAAUUUUGUGAUAUGAUAACUUUGAUUCAUCACAUAAUCAUCUAUCUGAAAUAUUAAUAAAAAAUAUGCAUGAUAUGGAUUUCAGAAAAGGAAAGAAUGAAAAGGAUAUACUCAACAAAAUUUCGCUGAAAUAAAAUGAUGACUCUCUAAAACAAAAAGAAAAUAAUAUUACGGUAUACUUAAUAUUAAUAAAGAUGCAUUAUGAGAUGAAAUUGUUGAUACUCAUAGAAAAUUAAGUUUAUUUGUACAUUCUGAUAAAAUAAAUGUACCUUUCGAUACAAAAGCAACACAAAGACUUGAUAAAGCUCAUGAUGCACUACUGAGAAAAUUCGAAAAGCAAAAUAAAGGUAUCAAUUGUAAUUCAAUACAAUAUAUAUUAUUAAUGCAGUAAAAAGGAGAGUGUUCCAGCAAAUGUAUUUUUUCAUUUAUCAAAAUGAAGAAAAACACAUCUAUUAUGGAAAUUCAUGAAUUUUCCACUUUAUUUCAAAAGUCAUCAUCAGAUGAAACUGAGAGAGAUAUGUUUUUAAUGAAUGCGAUCCGCUGUUGAAUAGUCGGAUAGGUUUGUGUCGGGUAUAUUUGGAUUGUGGUUUAUAACAGUUUUGUGCACUCAAGUGUUGUUUUUGUUGGAAUUGGUGAUUUGCAUUUCUCGUGACCCUUUGUGAGCACACUGCAAAUAUUGGUUUUCGUUGUGUGAAGACGAUUAGGCAAAUACCUUUGAUGUAUCGAUCUUGGUUCCGGUAUAGGGUUGCAAGUAUGGUGUCUGUUGUAGAUGAAUAUAAUAUGAUUAAGCUAUAGGUAUAUGCACAUGCAUUGAGUUAGAUUAGUUGAACUAAGGUGUAAAUGAGAAGAUUAUGUUUUACAAGUCUUUAAUGUGUGCUUCUCGCUUGCCUGUUAUUGAGUGGAAGGUGAAUGUAUAGCAAUUCUUCUAUCUUCUUGUGUUCUCUGAAAUAGAUUAAGUCCACCAGUAUACACGUAUAGGGAAACAGAUCUAUCUGUGUUGUUCAGUGAUAGUUGUCUUUUUCUGCUGAGUAGUGACUCUUUCACGAGGAGACGGUAUCUAUGUUUCUCGGUUAUUAAAAUAUUGAAAUCAUCUAUUCUGAAUAUAUGUCCUGUUGAGUAGUAGUGUUUCGCUAUUGAGGAUGCAGAAAUCUUUUUAUCUCCUUUCUUAUCGACAAGAUUGAUAGUUUUGAAUAGAUCUUUAAUGUGGUCUUUGCUUAAAUUAUAUCUUGGUGGUGAUAGUUUACCUAUUGUGGAUCUAGUCAUGUGUGUCUUUGUUAUAGUGUGUAGUUGACUAGAAAACUGGUUUCGUUUUAUAACGGGUGGAGUUCUUUUGUGUGCAGGUGGUAAGGAUUUCUUUUGUUCUGCUAGAUGUUCAUUUAUCCUUGUCUUUAGGUGUCGAUAGGUUUUACCGAUAUAACUGUCACUACAUUGAGAACAUUAUGCUUCGUACACGACACCUGAUUUUAUUAGCUUUGAAAUUUUAUCCUUACUUGUGAAACCACUCCCAAUGCGGUCUUUUACAUCGUAGACAAUACGUAUUCUUUUUUGUGGAUACUGUUUUGACACUGCUGAAGUAAUACGUUUCGCGUAAACUUGGCUUGGCAAACCGAAGUAGCGUACAGGAACUACAACAGUAUCUGUAUUGAGUGUAGAUGGUUUAGGUACAGGUGGAUUAUAUACUAAAUCAAUUUGUCGACGUAUAAUCGAGUUUACACAAUUUAUCGGAUAUCCAUUCUUUGUACGUGUACAUAGUUUUCGAAUAAAUCUAAAUUCUCGGUGAAGACUUUUAUAUGAUGAGUAAAGUUGAAUGGCUCUAUAAACUAGAGUCGAAAUGACAUUGUACUUGUCAGUUUUUGGCACAAAUCUACUUCAUUUUGUAAUGAGACCAGAAAAUGUUUCUUUUCUGUAGAUCUUCGUAGCAAAACCUACACCCGGUAGCUUUUGGAUCAGUAUAUUAAGAAAUGAAAGUGUACGUGUAGUUGCAGUCUCUUCUUCACACGUAAAUUUAAUUGAUUUAUGAAAUUAAGAUAGUUUGUAACAAAUAUCCUUUGCUGAAAAUGUUGAAUCGAUUAAGACAAAUGUAUCGUCAAUAUAUCUCUUCCAAUAGGCAAUACCCAUACUUGUAAAAGAUGACGAAUGCCUUUUCUCAAAAUCUUGCAAGAAGAUUUCGGCAAGUAAUGGAGCUAAAGGAGAUCCCAUGGAUACUCCAUCUAUUUGACCAUAUAGCUUUUCGUCGAAGAGAAAAUGACUAUUUUUUGUGGCAAAAAUUAAAAGCUGCUUCAUAUCAUCACGUUGAAUAGUUGGUGCUGUGGUACGAGUUUCAUAUACAAAUUAUUAAGAAUAAUUUCUAUAGUUUCAUCAAGUGGUACAUUCGUGUACAUACUAGAUGUAUCGAAUGAUACCAUCUUGUAGUUACAGAAAGAUUUAGGUAAUGUUCACAAUUCUUUGACGAAUAAAAAUGGAUCUCGAACCAUGUUUUUUCUUGCAAUAAUAUCCGAUAACAUAUUAGUUAGAGCUUUGUCAAGUCCAUAAUUGAAUGUUCCUAGAGCAGAAAGUACUGGUCGUAAUGGAAUAUUACCUUGAUGAAUUUUUGGUAGUUCAUAGAAUCGACUAGGAUUUGAACCUUUAGGACCAGGGUUGUCAGAUCUUCCGGAUUUUCCGGAAAAAUUCCGGAUUUUGAGAGUUUUUCCAGAUUUUGGAAGUUUCUCCGGAUUUUUCCGGUUUUUGAAUCUUUUUUAUAUGAUGAAUUAUGUUUCGGCUGUUCAUUUAUAUUUUAGAAAGUUUAAAUGAUUCUAUAGAGGUUCGGCACUUUCUUCAAUUGGUCUCCUCAAAGACCAGUCGUUUUUCUCCGUUCUGGUCUAUAAUUUUUCUUAUGUAUCUCAUUAAGAACAGUAAAAAAUGUCACUUGUAUUUUGAAUUUAUCUUUCUUCUACAAUUAUAGAAUACUUCAUCAACGUGAAGAAGUAGAAAUUUUAGAAGAAGAUGAACUAUCAUCAAAAGCACGAUCAACAUUAUCUGAAAUUGAUAAAAAACAAAAAGAUAAACGAGAAAAAGAAAGGCAUAUUCAAGUGUUAAAAAAGGGGGAACAAUUCGAAAUUUUGAUCUCUAACAUUAUGAUGAAUUAUAUUGUUUCAGCUAUUAUUGAUUUCAUCGAUGAUUCAAGUGAAUCAGCAAUUGAUAUACAUCGAAGUGCACGUCAAAUAUUAGAUAAAUAUGAAUUAAAUCUCGCUGGAUUAACAGCUAUCGGAGCAGACAAUGCUAAUGUAAAUAUGGGAGAGUAUCAUAGUGUAUUUGCACUUUUUCGUGAUGAAAAACCAACUUUACUGAAAGGAUCGUGUUAUAGUCAUAUUUUACACAAUAGUGUAAAACAUGCACAUAAAUUAUUGUCUAUUGAUAUAGAAAAACAUUUAUUAAAAAUUUAUGCUCAUUUUUCUCGAUCAGCAAAAAGAAUUGCUGAAUUAAAGUCUUAUUAUGAAUUCUACGAACAAGAUUAUAUGGUAAUUCUCAAAUAUAUAAACAUUCGUUGGUUAUCUUUGUACAUAUCGAUACAAAGAUUAUUAAUGGUUUUUAAUCCUGUCAAAGAUUAUUUUUUAUCUCGUGAUGAUGACUGUCCCGAAGAGCUCAAAGUUCUCUUUUCAUCUGAAGAAGGACAUUGUAUUCUUAGCUUUUUAGAACAUAUUCUUUACAUUAUCCAAAAAGCAAAUCUUAAACUGCAAAGGAGGUAUUUAGCUGCAGUUAGUUUACAUCAAAUUAUCAUAGAUCUGAAAUUUAAUUUACAACAACGGUUGAAUUCAUCAUUUUUUGGUAUAAGUUGUCGUUUAAAAUUAUCUCGAUUAGAUACAGAGUCAGCUCAGCAAUUAAAGUUUUUAUUUGCUCGAUUUAUUGAACGAGUCAUCGAAUAUAUUGAUGAAUAUUAUCUGUUGAAGAAGUAUGAAGCUAUAAGUCCAUUUGGUUUGUCAACAAUUAAUGAGAUCACAUGGAAUAAUGUCACCAAAUGUAUUGAAUUAUUUCAAAUAAAAAAUUUGAAUGAAGACAAUUUGUUCAAUGAAUUUACAGAGAUUCAAUGUGUAUUUAUAUCCAUGCAGAAUAAAAAUAUUUCGCUUUAUGAACAAGUUCAAUCAUAUGUUGAAAAGAAAUCCAAUCCAAAUACAUAUUUGGUUACUUCAACAAAAAGUUCAUUAGAUAAAAGGACUGAAGUCGAAGAAGACAAUGAUGAGGAUUCAAAUGAAGAUAGUAUUGUAUCAAAGGAAAUUAGGUCUGAUCAUUUAUGGGCAAUCCUGCUUUCUAUCAAACCUUAA